AUGCUGUACUUGUUCUGCAAGGGCAUCCUGGCGUCUGCCCUGCCCCGCCUGGGAUUUGUCCGAUGCGCAUCGACCGAGCAUGGCCCUGACGUGCUCAAGUCGGCGCUGCGAGACCUGUAUCGCCUGGUGCACCCCGACUUCUUCCACCGACACCCAGAGGCCAGGGCUGCCAACGAGCGCAGCUUCAAGCUGCUCCAGGAGUACCUCCAGGCAACAAAGACCCAUGCCCACCAGGAGCAGCAGCCUGCUGUGCCAUACCGAUUCAUCUUCUACCUCAAGGACGGGGAAGCGGCGGAGGCGCCGAGCCCGCCGGUUGCCACGCCCCAUUCGAUCCCCGGCCUCAAGAGGGUGACCGUAAACCUCCCUCCACCGGUGUGCGCCUCGUGA